CGAUCACAACUAUUGCUGGAGAAACUGUAUUGCUGUAAAGAGCUUUCUGGAAGUUUCUUUAUUCUAGACUUAUCUGAACUUGGGAAACAGCACUCACAAUAGACAGCUCCACCAUUGGCCAUGUCGUACAUCAACACACCAGCCAAGUUUGCCUUUGGCUCAUAUGACUAUGCAUGCAAUCAACUAGCAAUGCCACUAUGUCCACUAGUGGGCUCUUCCAGUGUAGAACCAAUAUGCUAUUCCCGUAAUGUAGAAGUGGCCAGUACUCUUGUUUUUGAGCCUGCUACUCUGAUGAUCCAUUUAGUUGCUUUGGUCAUGACCUCUAUCAUGAUUUUUCAUAUCAAGUCAAAGUACACGGCUGUGGGCCGCAAGGAAAUUGUUCUUUUCUUUUAUCUCUAUGCUGCUACAAUCCUAGUCGAAUUCUUUGUUCUUUCUGGCAUUAUUCCCACAUCUUUUAAUGGAUACCUUUACUUUGUGGCUGCGCAUAUUGGAUUGGGAAUGGCUACUCUUUGGGCACUCUUUGUUAAUGGGUUUGUUCCCUUUCAAUGGAUCGAAGAUGGCACUCGACUUUCUCUUUGGACUCUUCGUAUUUCCUCUAUAGUUAUUUUUUGUGUUAGCUUCUUUAUCAGUAUCGCAACAUUCCAAAGCGUUGCUGGGUUUUCAAAAACGAAUCCUACCUUCUUGUGGAUCUGGUACUUUGUCUUUGGUGGCGCGUUUGUCUUCAUCUACAUUGCUUGCCAAGUCUCGGUUGUGAUCACUUCUCUUGAAGACCGCUGGCCACUGGCAGACAUUUCCUUUGGUGUUGUCUUUUUCAUUGCUGGACAGGUUUUCAAUUUUGCUCUUAGUCCCCAAAUCUGCGAGUUGACAAAACAUUAUGUGGAUGGUACAUUUUUUGGCACCAUAUUUACACUGCUGAGUGUCAUGAUGGUGUACAAAUUUUGGGAUUCAAUCACCAAGGAAGACUUGGAGUUUAGCGUUGGAGGAAAAGGAAAUAACUGGGAGAUUCAUGAUCCCCUUUUGGGAGAUUCGGCCAUGGCUUCGUUUGCCAAGGGAAAUGAUCCAGUUCCGCAUAGAUAACUUAAGGUUUUAAUUAUGUAUUUUGAGUUUCGUUCUUUGUGAUGCUCGGCAUGAUAUUGUCCUGGUUGCUGGAGCAGUCACCGCACUGGUUUGUUUUCCAUUUCUUUUCCAUUCAAGUCUUAUUUUUUACUUCAGUGCGAGGUGGGCCAUUUUUUUUCAAGUUGUGAAUAGGUUAGCAAUAAUAUUUGGAAAUAUUUCCU